AUGGCUGCCAACGACUACUACGGCUCCUAUGAUGCGGGAAGGAGAGAAGAUGCCCCUUUGCCCCCCGUGCCACACUCAUCGACGCCCUCGCCGCUGCCGUCGCCCCAUCCGACUCGCCCGCACAUCGACACCCAGAAUCUGCAGAACUACGGCAACUCCUACCCUUCUGCUCACUCUGUCCACUCGCACCCCUCCGCCCACACAUACCACACCGGCCACUCACCCGUCGGCUCUCCCUUCACCGACCAGGCCUAUCCUGCAUAUCCGCCAGGCACCCACCCGCCGCCUAACCCAUACGGCCCCGUGCACAGCGACGACGACACCUCCUACCAUGGCGCCGGCACAUAUGGACAAUACCGCCCUGCGGACAACGAUCCCUUUGCAGAUGGCCAGGCUAUUCCGCUCCACGCACAGCAGCCGAAGAUGGAUGCAAGCCCCUCGCGGUACAAUGGUGAUCCCGAGGGUCAGGCGCCUCUCGUCGGCGGUCCCGACGGAAUGAGGAGAGAACGUAGCAGACGUCACAAGAAGAAGGGCGGCUGGUUCUCAGGCAGGAUUACUUGGGUUGUUUUUACCCUGACAACCGUUCAGAUUGCGGUUUUCAUUGGCGAAAUCAUCAAGAACGCCACCUUGACCGGUUCGCCCAUCAUGAUCAAGCCCUCUUUCAACCCAAUGAUCGGCCCCUCUGGCUACGUCUACAUCAACAUGGGCGCUCGUUUCGUUCCUUGCAUGCGUCACAUGGGAGGCGGAAACGAGGUCAACAUCACUCCCGACAUUGCGUUCCCGUGCCCCAACUCCACGACUGGCAUCGCCGAAUGCUCCCUGAACGAGCUCUGCGGAAUGAGCGGCAUUCCCCAAUCGGACGGCGAGCUCCACCCCAACCAAUGGUACCGCUUCAUCACGCCAAUCUUCCUCCACGGAGGUCUUAUCCAUAUUGCUUUCAACAUGCUUGUUCAGAUGACGGUUGGACGCGACGUGGAACUGCUGAUCGGCUCCAUUCGUUUCUUCCUGGUCUAUUUUGCAGCGGGUAUUUUCGGUAAUAUUCUCGGUGCCAAUUACGCACCAAACGCUAUGCCUUCAGUCGGUGCAUCCGGCGCCAUUUUCGGUCUCAUCGCCAUAACCCUUCUGGAUCUUCUCUACCACUGGAAGGAGCGUUCCCACCCCAAGAAAGAGCUUCUUUUCAUCAUGCUCGACGUCGUCAUCGCCUUCGUUCUGGGUCUUUUGCCGGGUCUGGACAACUUUGCUCAUAUUGGUGGAUUCAUCAUGGGCCUCGGCCUUGGAAUAUCUAUUCUUCACUCGCCUCAACUCCUCCGCGAGCGCACCGGCAUGGACGAGCCUCCCUAUUCCGCCGUUCCUAACCCCAAGCACGGCAGCGAAUUUGAGUCCGUGAAGAACUUCACCAAACAGCCCGUAAGCUUCUUCAAGGGCAGGAAGCCGCUUUGGUGGGCGUGGUGGUUGGUCCGUGCCGGAUUCAUUGUCGUCGUGUUUGUCGCCUUCAUUGUGCUCCUGAACAACUUCUACUCCAGCCACAGCGAAUGCUCGUGGUGCAAGUACCUCAACUGUAUUCCCGUCAGCGACUGGUGCGACUCAAACACGCUCACCGUGGAGCAAACGAACAGUACCAGCAAGCGCGACCUAUUCGGCUUGGAGAGAUACGCUUUACCGGAUUUCGACUCGCCAAUGCCUAUGUAUUGA